AUUUGCUUCCUUGCUCCUGAAAAACUAAUAGGACUAAAAGGUUUGCCAGGUAAAGAUGGGACAAAGGGUAAGCAUGGAUUACCAGGACUGCCUGGGACAGUUGGGACAAUGGGACCUAAAGGAUCACCAGGACCAAGAGGGCCACCUGGGCAUCCAGGAGAGAUGGGUUUAGAGGGUCGAAGCACAAGUAAACCUGGCUCCCAAGGUCAAAAGGGUGAGAAAGGUUUCCCUGGCAUGCCUGGACCAAAGGGCAUUAAGCUAUAUGCAAGAGGAACCAAAGAUCUAAAAGGGGACCCUGGGGAUUUUGGCGAGAUCGGAAGCCCUGGAAAAAUGGGCCAGCCAGGAAUUUCUGGCAUGAAGGGAGAGAACGGAAACCAAGGAGAUCCAGGACCUGAGGGCAAAGUUGGGAAAGAAGGGCUCCAAGGAGAGUUUGGUUCCAAGGGUUUUCCUGGUGAUGUAGGAUACUCUGGUCUUAUAGGGAAUGCUGGUUCAAAGGGGCAGAAAGGUGACCAAGGCCCCUCAGGGCCUCCCGGAGAAUACAUUGCAAAAACGGCAGGGUCGAAAGGCAAAAGAGGACCUUCUGGCCUACCUGGACCUCCAGGCUUUCCAGGCUCUCCAGGUGUUAGUGGCUUUCCUGGAUUUCAAGGUGUUUCAGCACCAGCCAUACCUGGCAGUCCUGGGAGGCCGGGUCCCACUGGCAUGUUGGGAAUUAAGGGCAGCAAGGGAGAGACUGCACCAUAUCAGUUGGGACCAACAGGUAUUGAUGGGCCUUUGGGGCUACCAGGACCCCCUGGUGACCCUGGUCCUAAGGGAGAAUCAGAUGUACCUGGACACCGAGGACCUCAGGGAUGCAAAGGAGAAAAAGGCAUGAAUGGGCCUCAGGGUCUAUAUGGACAGCCUGGGGUUCCAGGUGAAAAAGGAGACCUAUGCAGACUGUGCUUUUUAUUAGGUCCUGAUAAAGGACCCCCAGGACCACCAGGUGAUCCCGGCAAACCUGGACCUCCAGGUUAUACUGGGGCACCUGGCCCUAAAGGAUCAAUGGGAUUAAGAGGUCAAGCGGGGGCAUCAGGAUCUCCUGGUUUGUUUGGUGACCCAGGGGUUCCAGGGGGACAGGGACCCAGAGGAGACUCUUCUUUUUCAGAACCUGGGCAGAAAGGUGACAAAGGUAACCCGGGAUUACAAGGUCCCACAGGGAGCACUGGAUUAGAUGGUAGUCCAGGACAGCCUGGACCAAAAGGCCACAGGGGAGAAAAAGGCAGUCUGGGUCCUGGAGGGGAGAAAGGUGACCGCGGUUACCCUGGAACAAUGGGAUUUCCUGGAAACCCUGGGCUAAUAGGAGCUCAGGGCUUUCCUGGAAUAGGAGCAUCAGGAGCACCUGGUGAAAAAGGGAGCCCAGGUGUACAGGGCCUGCCAGGAAUGUCUGGUAAACCAGGUAAAAAGGGUGAACCUGGAAAUGUGUUACUUAUGACUGGAGAAAGAGGGCGGCCUGGAGCAAAGGGUCAACAAGGCCCACCUGGGCUGCAAGGAGCUAUUGGACUUUUGGGAAUACCUGGAAAACCAGGACAUAUUGGUAAUAAAGGGCAGAAAGGAUUUUCACAAACAGGAAUGCCAGGACAGAUUGGGACUAAAGGUGAAAAGGGCAAACAAGGUUCCUCAGGUGACCCUGGCUUUGGAGUACAAGGACGACAGGGACCCAUGGGAUCACCAGAAUUGCCUGGGACAAAGGGUGACAUAGGCUUUGGCAUCCCUGGGCCCAUGGGAAGACCUGGGCCUCCAGGUGAGUUUGGGACACUUGGGGCUCCUGGGGACUCGGGUUCUCCUGGGACCAUUGGGCCUUGUGGUCAGCCAGGACAAGAUGGGGUUUCAGGAAUUAAGGGUAAGGGUACAACUGGAUGUGAUGGACCUCAAGGAAUAAUCGACUAUCCAGGUAUCUGCUUUCCUGGAAGCGCGGGUGACAGGGGAGACCCAGGUCAGACAGGAAGACCUGGAAUAACAGGGCCCAAUGGACAGAAAGGUGUGUCGGGUGAGCCUGGAUUUUAUGGGCAGGGUUUACCUGGUCUUGACGGUGAGAUUGGGAGGCCUGGAUUCAGGGGAGGACCUGGAUCAGUUGGUCCAGUUGGACCAAAAGGCAAUACGGGAAGGGGUGGCACCCCUGGUGUUGCAGGCCCCCGUGGAAACCAGGGACCUCCUGGGAAAUGUGGUCCCCCUGGAAUGUCUGGCAACCCAGGGCAUCCUGGAUACCCUGGCCCUCAAGGCUUGAUGGGGGAUAAUGGAUCACCAGGUUUUAAAGGUCUACCAGGCCUUGUAGGUGACCCUGGAAAUCCAGGGUCUAAAGGGGAAUCUAGAACUGUCUCAAACAAGGGGGACAAAGGAGAUCCCGGAGCUGCAGGUUGUCCUGGCGUUAAUGGGGCUAAGGGGGACAGAGGAGGCCAAGGGGUUCAUGGGAAUGCUGGGAAAAAUGGAUUACGAGGCCAAGCAGGACCACCAGGUCUACCUGGAGACUCAGGCCUGGAUGGGCAGUUUGGUGACCCUGGUUUUCCUGGCAACAUAGGGGAUCGUGGGGAUUUAGGACUGCCAGGAAUCAAAGGUAUCAAGGGGACUACAGGCAGGCAAGGAGCUCAAGGACCCACUGGUAAUCUCGGAUUAAGUGGCUUAAAAGGAGACAAAGGUGAACCUAGCUAUGGACAAGGAACCCCAGGACUUCCUGGACAAAAGGGUGAGCAGGGCCUUUCAGGUAGCAAAGGAAUUAAAGGAAAAAAAGGAGGAAGUGGCUCUUUAGGUUGUCCAGGAUCAAAUGGGCCUAGUGGACAUGUUGGAGAAAAGGGACAACCAGGAAUACCAGGAUACCCAGGAUUGCCAGGAGAGAAAGGUAUUGAUGGACAUCAAGGCCCCAAAGGUUCUCAGGGACCAACUGGCCAAUCAGGUAUUGCAGGGUCUGCAGGCAACCCAGGUCCCCCAGGACCAAGAGGAAUCCAGGGGAGAGAUGGCAUUCCUGGAUUCCCUGGACAAAAAGGAAGUACAGGAGCAACUGGAUUUGGACAUCGGGGGCAAACAGGUGACAAGGGUCAAACAGGUCCUAAGGGGGAUUUAGGAGCACACGGCUGUCCUGGACAUCCAGGUGCACCGGGUUUAAUUGGAGAUCCAGGGCUUACAGGUUGUCGUGGACCACCAGGGCCUUCUGGAAAACCUGGCACAAAUGGAUUAUGUGUGGAUGGUUCCAAAGGAGAGCAAGGUCCCAUUGGACCACAAGGACCAUUAGGGCCCAGGGGAAUGCAUGGUCCUCCGGGACCCCCUAGUCCUGGUGUAAAAGGUGAAAAAGGUGACCCUGGACUUCAUGGACAAGGUUUGGCUGGAAGUCUUGGUCGGCCUGGCAACAAAGGAGAAAUGGGACCAAAGGGGCAAUUGGGACCUAUGGGUAAAAAAGGAACAGAUGGUUUACAAGGCCUAACUGGUUAUCCAGGACUAAAAGGACAAAGAGGAAGACCAGGUGAGAAGGGGAAAGAUGUCUAUCACAAAGUCAUAACUUUUCCUGGAGACCCUGGCCCACCAGGUAAAAAGGGAAACAUUGGUGCUCCUGGACCAACUGGGCCAAGAGGGCUAACUGGGGCAGCAGGUAAAAAAGGACCUAAAGGAGUCACUGGCCAAAAUGGUUUGCCUGGUCUACUAGGUAAAACUGGCGAGAAAGGGAACAGAGGGAAAACAGGUUUGCCAGGACCUCCAGGAUUGAUUGGAGCCCAUGGUCAGAAGGGACCCAGAGGCCUACCAGGGCUUUACCUGUCAGAUAGAGCCAAAGAUGGGUUUCUAUUUACCAGACACAGUCAGAAACAGGAGACACCACGCUGCCCUGAUGGAAGCAGUCAGCUGUACUCUGGAUAUUCACUACUUUUCAUCAAUGGAAAUAAGCAAGGACAUGGCCAGGACCUUGGCACGCUGGGGAGCUGUCUGACCAAAUUCUCCACCUUGCCUUAUCUCUUCUGUAAUGUAAACGACACCUGUCACUAUGCUUCUCAAAAUGACUAUUCCUAUUGGCUGUCCACGGACAUGCCAAUGCCUACUGACACGGCUUUAAUCAUGGGUGAUUCACUGCAGCAGUAUGUCGGCAGGUGCUCAGUAUGUGAGGCUCCAGCUAAUGUAAUAGCAGUCCACAGCCAAACCAGCACAAUCCCAUUAUGUCCUGUUGGGUGGAAGUCUCUCUGGCAGGGCUAUUCUUUUGUAAUGCAUACAGGCAUGGGUGCAGAGGGUUCAGGCCAACCGCUUUCCUCUCCUGGCUCCUGUCUAGAGCAAUUCCGGAAGGUGCCAUUUAUCGAAUGUCAUAGUCAUGGCACUUGUAAUUAUUACACUGAUUCCUACAGCUAUUGGCUUGCUGCUUUGGACCCCAACCAGAUGUUUAGUAAACCAACCCCACAUGUAUUAGAAGGAGACUGUCCAAACAUCAUCAUUAGUCGCUGUCAGGUCUGCAUGAAGCAGUAAUAAGAUCACUACAAAUGUAGUUGUUGGCCACAGGUCGUUGUUUCACCUGAUUCAGUAUUUUGCCAUUGCAUUGGUACCUUUUCCAGAAAUUAUGAUUUGUGUCACUCAUCAGAUGUGUGCUGUUCUUUUCUAUAACAAUAAACCUUAGCACAAAGACUCAAAGCAAUGAGACACUGAAUCCACAAAAUGUUUUAAGAAGUUGUGUAAUGUUUUUAGAAGUAUUUUUACCCAGAACUCUUUCUUAGUUACGAGGGAUCUUUAAAAAGUUUUCGCACUUUUAUAAUUUCGUUGGAAAUGGUGAGGGUGGGAGGAGUAGUAAUUGGUCGUGACUGAAAGAGCUUAUAGCCCAGAUUUAGUGCAGUCUGAUUUCCACCUGUUUGGUCCGCUUAAAGAAGCUUUAAGGGGAAGAAGAUUUUCAUGUGAUAAUGAUGUUAAAGCAGUGGUGCAUCAGUGGCUAUGCGCUCAACCAGAAACAUUUUAAAAUUCUUAAUAAAUAGAGUAAAGAAAGUGUGGGAACAUUUUGAAGAACACUUGUAUAAUCAUUAAUGUACAUUACCAUUAAGUUUUAUGUACCUUAACAUAGUUUUAGAAGAGUCCAUAAAUAAAAAGAAUGUUAACAAAUACUUUUCUGAAUGCAAUAUCUAAUUCCAGGCUCAGCAUCAGUCAGGUAAAAUAGUCAAAAUAUUCAAAUUUUGCUUUAUAGGUUGGGUUCAAUAUCUUUUAAUUGUCUUAUUCUCAGGGUGAAAAUUGCUUGAAACAUUAUGUUCUGCAUCAUGCUGUUUUCUGUUUCCAUGCAGUCACACACACACACACAAAUCAGUUUGAGUUACUGUUGUGCCAUGUAUUUUCACACACACCCAAUACUGUGUAUUUUCCACUGUGUAUUGUUCUGUUCAAAUAUCCUAUCCUAAUUUUGAAUAA